AAAAUUACUGAUUGAAAAUGUUAUUGAAAAAUUUCCUCGUGUUAAAAUUACGACAGAUUAAUAUCUUUAGCGUGACAUAACAUUUAAAGUUGUCUUGCGCGAGAUCCAUUAUCAGUCCAGUCUUGAAUCGAGUAACGAUUAUUCCACCCGGUACGACGGAACAUUCACCCUAAUUUAGCUGGCGAACGAUCGAAGAAGAGCAGCAAGGUGGUCAGACGGGAUUCCCAUCGUAGCUAUUCUUGACCAGACCAGGCUAAUAUUGAAUCCACUCAAUUACUUCCAGCUACUAAGGACCAAGAUUCUAUCGUUCGCUCGAUUACAUCUCCCGCCCCCCGGAUAUAUUAUCGUUACGCGAUGCGGCCUUCGCCAAGGCCCAAGCUACUAAUCCUUUGUUUGCAAAGAUAUUCUGAGCCAAGAAAACCAGUUCUUCUUUUACUACUGCACUUCAACCAUGAAGGCAGCAGUGCAGUGUGCGUGUACACAUACGUUGUUACUCUUUUUACCAAGAAGACGCACCGUUGUAUGUUGUAAAUUGCAAGCGAAAACCGGGAAACGAUAAAAUCCUCGUAAUCACGAUUAUUACGAGGACUUGGGUAGGCCGUGGAUGAGGGUGGAAAGGAAGGAAGGAAGGAAGGAAGGAAGAAAGGAAAAAAGAAAAGGAGUAAGAGGUGAGAAAAAUGCAAAAGAGAAAAAAAGAUUAGGUAGGAAGGAGGAGAGGAGAAAAAAAAAGAAAGAGGACGGUAGGCGCCGUGUCUCGAAGAUGUUAAAAGGGUGGAAGACUUGCUUGCAACGAUGUUGCUGCGAGUGCAGAUUUAUGAACGAGAAUAUAUCCGAUUAUUUGAACCUGAGAGAAUUAGAAAAAGGAUAAAAAUUAUUAGCAUGGACCGAUUUCACAGCAUUUAUUUUCCAUGAUAGCGAAGUUACAAAAAUACGUGAGUGAGAAAAGUCGAUAAAACUUUUCAUUAAAAAGAAUUUAGAGAGGAGAGAGAGAGAGAGAGAGAGAGAGAGAGAGAGAGAGAGAGAGAGAGAGAGAGAAAAGAAUUAAAUAAGCCAUGUUUAUUUAUCAUUAUUCUUCACGUUCAUUAUUUUAUUUACACGCGUGCGUAAGUACGUUUAUUGUUUAGAUGCAAUACGCACCGCAACGAUCAAGGUCAUGUUGCUUUUUAUUCGCCCGGAGAAGGAGAGGAACACGAAGAAGACGAAAAGGACGAAGGAGAGAAAGAAGAUACGGGGUUAAAAAUAGCCUCUCUCGGUGCAAAAUAAAAACUAACUGAGAUGACCACCGAGCGAUGGACGUAUAAGAAGAAAAAGAAAAGGAGAAGGAAGAAGGAAAAGAAGAAGAAGAAGAAGACGAAGAGAAGAACGAAGGAGGUGCAUGAGUCGGGAUAAAAAGAAGAGAAUAUCAAAAACAAGGACCGUAAGGGGUCCGAGAUGGAGGAUGGUAAAGAAAAAGAAGUAGAGUGAGAAAGAAAGGGGAGAGAAAAUAAGUUCCUCUUGCUAUUUUAACUCACUAGGAUAAUAUAUCCCUCCUCCCUUCCUAUAAAUAUGGUUAUUUUUUUGUUGAACUCGCCAUAAUAAAAAAGAAGAAAAAAAAAGAAAAAAAGAAAAGAGCAUAUGCGAGUUUAAUGGUUGUGUAUAUAAAAGUAUACCCGAAGGAAUCAUUUCUCAGCACCCUUCGUUUCUUCUUACUCGUGCUUGUUUCAUCAACGAUCGCACGAAACGCAAGUAGCCAGUCCUCUUCAUCCUCAUCGCGUCUAUCUACGUUCUCCUCUUCGCGGGAUUCCAGAAGCUCUUUAGAAUAGAUCGUAGGCGCCAGUCGAUGAGGACGUUCGUGCACGCGAACACCACGACGAAGAGCACCAACGACGGAGAUGGCGAUGGUGUUUCUCCGUAAAUGAAGAAGAAGAGGAGUAUUUUCCUUCUCUCUUCUUCUUCUUCCUCUUCUUCUUCUUCUUUCCUUCCUUCUAUUCUUUUCCUUCUCCUCUUGUUCUUUUUUUUUCCCCCUUUCUUCGUCUCUGGAGUCAACGUAAUGCCUGGACGGCUAUGCGACGCUGCUGUUGGCCGAGGUAACGCGGCCGAGGGCAACCUUCGGCCGUUCUCAGACAGGGCCGAGGAUUGAAGGAAAAAGAAGAGGGAGCCGCCGGGAGAGUUGGAACGGGUUCUCUCCUCCGGGCCGGGUGCGCAGUCCAGUCGAAGACUCACGAUGAUAGUGAACGCCCGAUGAAGAAUCUUCCCCCCGUCCAACAGAACGAAGAGACAGUCCGCGACUGCCCCGUCGAACUCGAGCGCCCCAGUUGGGCGAUUUCAUUAACAAAACACAGAGUUAGAAUCGAUCCGAUCGAUUUCCCGUUAUUACGACAACAACAGCAGCAGCAGCAGCAGUAGCAACGACAAUGACAACGACUAAGACAACGAGGAAUGUUAGCGGCAAAACGAAGAUGAUACCACCGGACGGGGGGUGGGGUUGGGUCGUAUUGACCUCAGCCCUUAUUGUCAACUUCCUUAUCCCUGGAACCGUCAAAUCCUUCGGCGUUCUCUUCGUCGAAUUUCUUCACGUUUUCAAGGCAUCGCCAACAGCAGCCUCUUGGAUGCCGGCUCUCUGUUAUUUUCUCUACAACUCUUUGGGUCCCUUGUCGAGUGUUCUCUCUACCAAGUAUUCUUAUAAAACCGUGACAUUAAUUGGCGGCACCUUUGCCGCUACUGGAAUGAUGCUCAGCUAUUUUGCUAAUUCUGUUUCUUAUCUCUACGUUAGUUAUGGUCUGAUGGUCGGAAUCGGUGCUGGUUUAUCCUUUCCACCAACGAUUUAUAUCGUCACAGCGUAUUUCCAGAGGCUACGUGGUUUUGCCAACGGUCUCUGCAUUUCCGGGAGCGCGAUUGGGACUAUAGUGUUACCACCGCUUCUUCAAUAUCUUCUUGACUGUUUUGGAUAUAGAGGUGCGGUACUUAUUAUGGGUGCUUUAACAUUGAACACGCUAGUUUGUGCGUUGCUCUAUCAUCCGGUCGAACAACAUAUGAUAGCCGUUCCCAUAGAGGAAGGAAUCGAUAACGAAGCUUUAAGCUUGGACGAACCGAUCGACGAAAAACGUCAAUCGAUCGAUCCGGCGAAAUUGAAUUCGAUUGUUCAGGACGAGAAGAAUGAAAAAAUCGAAAGUACGACGAAGCAAGUACAAAAUUUAACGGAAUUAUUGAAUUAUUCGAAGCUGACUACGUCCAAAGAAGAAGGAUUUGAAAAAUUGACAAAGCCGAAUGAAGAAGAGGAGCAAGAUCAAUGGAUCGUCAAGGAUCAAGUUAUAGAGGAUAUUGCUAGCGUAGAUGAUAAGGAAAAAGAGGAGGAUCUUCAUGAUAAAUAUGACGAAGAAAACGUUAAAGAGACUUCGAGUACAAGCAAUAGAAAGCUAGUUGAUAAAAAACAUUUCGUCACUAAUGAACCGUUCAAUUCCCGUCAGAUUAGCACAAUGUCAGAUAACGGAUCAAACGUAUUAGGAAUAUCAAUAAAAAUGCAUCUCCAAGAGGACAACGAAUCCGUGAAAUUGGACAAGCCCGUGCAAGUAGAAAUCUCUACGCCAAAGCCAUCGAAGUCCGAGACUUCAUCGACUAAGAGUGAAAGCACGAAGAAAGUAUAUCUAUCUUUUGAUUUCAGCAUGCUGAAGGAUCCGAUUUAUCUGGUCAUUUUGAUAUCAAACUCGACGUCAGCGAUCAGCAAUACAAACUUUAUGAUUCAUUUGCCGUCCUACGCAAACUCGCAAGGCUUCGAUCAAAAUUCAUCGGCUCUUUUGUUAUCCACUGUUUCAGCUCUUGAUCUUAUCGGUAGAAUAAGUGGUGCUUCUUUAUCCGAUAUAGAUUUCGUACCGAAAUAUUAUUAUUUCGUCGGUGGCCUUGGAACUAGUGGGAUAGCUCUGGCGCUACUACCGAUGGCCAAUAGUUAUGGGAUGCUUUCCUUUUUUUGUGCAUUAUUUGGCCUCUCUUCCGGCAUGUACAUCGGCAUCACGACCGUUAUCCUGGCUGACAUGCUUGGUACUGAUAAACUCAGUUCCUCUUAUGGAAUCUCGCUCUUUGUUAACGGUGUCCUCCAACUUGUCGGACCGCCGGUUUGCGGUGUCAUCUAUGAACAUGUUGGAUCUUAUAAACCCAUUUUCUUGGCAUUCGGUAUAAUACUUAUACUGGGUACCGCUCUCUGGGCCAUUGUGCCUCUAAUCAAAAGGAACAGUAAAAAAAAAAUCGAAGAGGUAUAACGGUAUAGAAGUGUAAUUACAAACUAACCCUCACGAAUGAGAAGUAUCUUUACUCGUUCGUGUAAUUUUUGUGAUGACGUCAUUCCAAGGAAAGUAUACAAAAUAUUCGUAGAUAUAAAUGCAGGGACUACA